GUGAGGUUUGGCGGCUUAAUCAUAUUUGAUAAUGUUCUAUGGCACGGAAAAGUUUCUGAUCCCCAAGUGAAAGACAUGAAGACUAUCAGCCUGAGAAAUUUCAAUAAAAAAAUUCGCGAGGAUAGCCGUGUUAGCGUUAGUAUGGUACCCAUUGGUGAUGGCAUGACAAUCUGCCGUAAAAGGGAAUGAGAAAUGGGCUCAUAAUUGAUUUGUGGAUGACUUGACAUGAUAUUCUUAUUAUGCUGCUAGCAUUCUUUUAUAGAACGUUUUUGGCUCGAAGCCAAUCCGGGAGUCGUCGUUGUCCAGGAAACAUUAGUAUGGCUCGAAAGCGAUUCUUCUGCUGUGAUUCAAGCCAAAGAACAACUCCUUGGAAUAAGAUUAAAAAGAGUGAUAAAUGUCUUUGUAUAUAUUUUUUUAAUUGGUGGCAUUUACCUACAUACCACACAAGUUUAUUUAUUUAUAUAUGUCUAACACUUGAACUUUAAUGUAAAU